AUGGUAAUGCCGAAAGAUAAAGAACUGCGAGGUGCCCGCCACAGACUUGAAAGACCAGUUUCCUGUCGUUUUUGCAGGUCUCGGAAACUGCGUUGUAGCAGAGAGGCACCAUGCUCUAACUGUGUUUCCCGAGGUAUUAUUUGUCAACUGGCGGUAGAAAACACCAUUCGGUCUACCACGCCUAACGCUUCGCAGCCUGAGCUUCUUGAACGCAUUCGAAAGCUAGAGGAGCUUGUGGAGAGUCAGAAACUGUACACCAAUAGUGCAGUUCAACACCCACGGCAGGGUCCUGAGAGCCCUGAGAGUUUUGGUACUCCUCAUACACUACAGACGCAUAUAAGCCGAUCGACGUCACCUGAUGUUGAGCACCUUAAUGAAGAUGUCGCUUGGCUGAAAAGUAUCUACACUGCGCAAAACCUCUCGGAUAACACUUCCUCCAGUAAAAUCGCCUUUAGGGUUUGCUCAAUCCAGCAAAUUACACAAGCGCAAUCUUAUAUCGACCAAAGUGCGCAUCUUUCCUCAGCACGUUUUGAGCCAUUUAGAUGUGUCUGGCUACCACAAUACGCAGAAGCUAAGAUACUUCUACAAAAGUUUAUUGAUGACAUUGACCAUGUACAUCAUAUAACCCACAGCCCUUCACUUCCAGCGAUACUGGACGAGGUUUAUGCUUGUUUGAGCCAGCAAGUUCAAGUAAAGCCUGGUAGUAUAAUGCUCCUCCUGGGCAUAUUUGCGAGCUCGACCCAUGCCUGGGUAAAAUGUGAUAGUGCUCGUGGUUUGUUCCCUACGUGGCAGGAAGCCAACGCUCAAGCGGUGUUGUGGGUGAAAGCGAUAGAGGAUGUGCUUGAUAUUUUCCAUCGUACAUCAUCGGUACCGAUAGAGGGCAUACAGGGAAUUAGUAUCGCAAUUUUUACAGUUUUGAACAUGGAAGGAUUCUCUCGACGAUGCAAAUCUUUGUUCAAUAUGGCGUUCAUGCUAGCACGAGAACUUGGACUGCAUUUCUUAGACCAGCCAUCUAACAUGAAGUUGGCAAAUUCAGCUCAGACAGAAAUUGGGCGAAGAGUAUGGUGGUAUCUUGUUGCAGCUGAUUGGUCACUGCCUUCCAGACGAUUCAAUUGCGGGUCACAGAAUAUUUAUCACUGCCAUCCACGUCAUAUGCUAGUCAGAAAACCUCUAAAUAUUAACGACGAGGACGUAAUAGAUGGCAUGCGAUGCACUGAGCAAGUACUAUCUCAACCGACCACAAUGUCUUUCCAGUUACUACAACUCCGUCUAUCAGAAAUCUCACACAACAUGGUUGACCGCAGUCCCCUCAUAAUGGGUCUUGCCGGCCCUAAUCACGACGUUGUUAUGAAUAUCGAUACCGAGCUUCAAAUGCUCUUAAAUGAUACUCCGGCCUUCUUCUCAAUGACAGUAGCGGAACUGACCGCGAAUUACCAACUUGACCCUUCACGCGCCUCAAAAAUAGUCCACCAAGGUUACAUGUUCUACUCCCUUCUCUAUGCCCAACGGUGCACACUCCACAUCCCAUACUUCACCCGCGGCCUCACCGAUCCCGCUUUCGCUUCCUCCAGCCAAAUAUGCCUACAGUCAGCCCGCCUCGUGAUCCAAACAGAAUCACAGUUGGGAACGUCGAGGAUAUCAGCAACACGCUACAAAUUCCUCGGGUUCCUGGUUCCACUAUUCAUGGCAAGUAUUGUGCUGCUCAUGGACUUGUAUCAUAGUAAAACCUCAUCGAAUCAUGCCAAACACCGCGAAGAACUCGCCGAAGCGCUCCGAAUCCUCGAAGAGGCAAAACAUGAAUCCGAAACAGCGGCAAAAUUUCUCGACUCCCUCACGCAUGUGUUGCGCAAGCAUGAAGUCUCGCCGGCACCGAGGCCGGCUGAGCAGCUCUUCGUAUCACCUAAUGUAGCCAAUACGCCUCCACAGCUCUAUGGUGAAUUACCACUGCCGAUGUUGACGUCGAGUGCGCUGGGAGGGAGUGAUAUAAUUUUAGCAGAUGGAAUAUAUACCAACGGUGAUGAUGUGUCGACGUAUUUUAAUGAAUUAGCACAGAGUUUUGAGCAAGGAAUUGAGGUGGGAAGUGUGGAUUGGAACAAUAUGUUUUCGGGUAUCGAUUCUUCAAUGAUUUGGAUUUGA